UGGCGUAGGCUUACGUAAGGCUGGCGCUCCGGUUUCCUGGCUGACAAGAUGGCGGCUCCUGGACCGGGGGAGUACUUCAGCGUCGGCAACCAGGUCUCCUGCCUCACCUGCUUGGGGCAGCGCCUCCAGGGGGAGGUCGUGGCCUUCGACUACCAGUCCAAGAUGUUGACUUUGAAAUGCCCCUCCUCCAGUGGGAAGCUCAACCUCAGUGACGUUCUCCUGAUUAAUUUAGCGUACGUUUCGAAUGUGGAUAUAAUAAAUGACCGCACUGAAACGCCGCCUCCUCUAGCAUCCCUGAAUGUUAACAAGCUUGCCAUCCGAGCACGGGCGGAAAAGGAAGACAAGUUAUCCCAAGCGUAUGCAGUUAGUGCUGGAGUGUCUGUGGAGGGCCAGCAGCUUUUUCAGACUAUACAUAAAACCAUCAAAGACUGUAAAUGGCAGGAGAAGAAUAUCAUUGUGAUGGAUGAUGUUGUUAUCACACCGCCUUACCAGGUCGACAACUGUAAAGGCAAAGAGGGGGGAAGCGCGUUAAGCCAUGUACGCAAAAUAGUUGAGAAACAUUUUAAAGAUGUGGAAACGCAGAAGGUAAUGCAACGUUCAACGGCACAGCAAGUACAGAAGGACUCGGCUUUGUCGUCUUGAGCCAGUGAACCCUAGGGACGGGGUGUUACAUUCUGUUGCCAGACAGACUGCGCCAUGUCUCUUCCCCCUGCCUGCCAGUCUGUCCGGCAGGGGCAGGGGGAGGGGUUAAUUCCAUCAGUUCAUUGUGUCUGGGAGACCUAAACAAUUAAAGAAAGCUGACAGAAUUCUCAAAUUAGACUUUUUAAAGAGAAAUAAUUUUAAGAAAAAAACAUACAGUUUAUUAAACUAAUUUUUUCCUACUUUCCUCUUUUGCCCCCCCCACCCCCCCCUCCACAUAAUGCUCUUGUUUUUUGUUUUUGUAAUCUCCAAAAAAUUCUGCGGUCAGAAAGUUUGUUAGUUUUAUUUUUUGUGUUUUUUACUUGCUGUAUCCAUGUUCAACCAGUUUUAUAUAUAUAUAUUUUUUCCUCUGUAUCAUUUCAUGAAAACAUAAUGUGACUUGAAACCCCACACUUUACAAAAAAAGACAUUUUCUAAAAAUAAAAGUAACAAAAAAUUCUGACUAAAUAGCUUUUGGAAGGAAAUGUUUUUUUUUUAUAUAUAUAAAUAAUGUAGGAACAUUACGGAAAGGGUACUGUCACUUGCGUGCAAGUGGCAAAAAAAAAAAAUGAAAUGAGAAAUUACGUUGUAAAAUUUGAACUUUUAAAAGGAAUUUCUUGACUGAAGUGGUGAUCUUACAGCUCUAAAACACCUCGGCCAUUUUGCUUAUUUUGAGCGUCAUUUUAUUACUUUUAUUUAUGGUAUUUUUUAUUUAAUUUUUUUAAUUUGAAUUCUUGAUACUUUUUGGGGGUUCUCCAGCCCUGCCAAAACGAGUUCUCUGGAACAGCCACUGCUAUGCAGGGAGUCCUAUACUUUCCUUGUGUGUGUGAAGCAUCAGGUGCGAUACUUCCAAUGUUGUGUUAGGUUUUUAUAAAGUAAUGAUAAUACAAGGUCCUACCUCCUGGGAUACGGGACCAUUUUGUGCAGUGCAUCCACCAGUAGGGACACCUUUCUUC